AUGGCACCACAAUGGGACAAGGCUCUCGUCAAGAUCGCCCGGUCGCACGAUCCUGAAGCCCUGCCUUUGGACGACCGGAUGCUGAUCUACGACAAGCGAACCAUCACCAUCUACGACAAGUUCGCCAAGGCCAAGUACCACUUCCUCGUGCUGCCACGCAUACCCUUUCAUGCGUCGUCGUCGAAGCCAGCUUUGAGCUCACAAGGGGCGCCAACACUCUCAGCAUCAAAUGGCAAGCUCAACUUUGGAGCUACGAGCAGUAAUAGCGUUCCCGCUUCGCAUAUGAAGAGCAUCUCGACGCUGCUAGCGAGUCCAUACGCGGCCGAGGUGCUCGAGGCUCUGCGCGAGGCGAGCGAUCGGGUGAUCGAGCAUAUUACGAAGGACAUGCAGGAACAGUAUGGCACUACGUGGGACAUCGAGAGAGCCUUCCAUGCAGUGCCGAGCAUGGAGCAUCUGCAUCUGCACGUCGUCUCGAUGGACCUCGUCUCGGACAGGCUGAAACACAAGAAGCACUUUCGGUCUUUCCAUCCUACGGUCGGAUUCGCACUGCGUCUCGAUGAUGUUGAAGCCAUGGUCAAAGCUGGUCGGAGGACGUUGCCAAAGAGCGAGGCGGCAUACGAGCAGCUCCUGAAGGGCCCGCUGAUGAGCCAUCAUACAGGCCAGACAUUCAAGUUCUUCCCCGAACUCAAGGCCCAUCUGGAAGCCUAUUGGCGCAACAGCAUUCUCGCACCCAGCCGCACAUCAGCAGGGGACGCUGCUAUCACUACGAGUCUCAAAAGGGACGCUGUUGAGCAGGAGUCAGGUGCAUCUGCAAGUCCAUCGGACCAGCCACCUUCACAACUGCGUCGAUUGGACACCCCAAAAGCUUCCGUCAAGGAAGCCUCCGACUCUGAAGACGACGAGCCAUCCCUGCCAUUCAGAUGA